AUGGUGACCUUAACUUCAAAGGAAGCUGCUAGUUUUACUUCAUCUUCUUCAACCUCAACUUCUGUUCCUACCAACCCUGAUUUAGAAAUUAUACAAGAAGUUUUUGGCUCACUUUCAAAUAAAAAAAUGGAGUUUGAAACUUUCAACAUAUCUAAAAUUACCACCAUCAAUAAAAUUUCAACAGUUAUUCUAACCUCUAAUAACAAUAAUAACAGUAAUAUAAAUUUUGACAAUACCGCUGAAAUGUCUUUCUCAACUAAGAAUAGGUCCAAAUUUUUAGAUCCAGAUAAACAUUUUGAAGAUGAUGAUAUAGAAGAAGACUUAAAAAAUUUUACCGUUAUUGCCAAAGCUAUUCCCUUUGCAGUCACUAGUAAUAUCAAGUUUACCUCUAAAGAAAAGAAUAAUAGCAAAAUUAUCCUUGCUAUCAAUAAUAUUUUCGCUCAAAAUGAUAACUUUAAAGGAAUAUCUAUCUAUUACAUAAAUUUGAUGCGUUCGAUCGACUUAUUCUAUGAUUUCACCCAAUAUAAACCUAAUAUGCAAUUUAAUGAAAGAACUAUUCAUGUUACUGACAUUCUAUUGCAAAUGAAACCUGCUAACAUCAAACAAGUUUUCGUUAAAUAUGAGACUGUUACUGAUUUUAGAAUGAUAGUAAGAG